AUCGCACCCCUCGGCAUGGAGAGCGGGAUGAUCCCCGACCGAGACAUUACAGCCAGUUCAUCCUUCAACGAUGGCAACGUCGCACCACAGAACGGACGAUUGAACCAAGAGAUUAAGGGCGGUGCGUGGUGUCCGAAGCCUCAAAUCACGACGGAAUCGACGGAGUGGCUGGAGAUAGACCUCCACAAUGUGCACGUGAUCACGGGGGCGGGGACGCAGGGGAGGUUUGGGAACGGCCAGGGUGCGGAGUAUGCGGAGGCGUACAUACUGGAAUACUGGAGACCGAAGUUGGGGAAGUGGGUCCGGUACCGCGCUGCUGAUGGACAAGAGAUCCUUUCGGGCAACACGAACACGUACUUAGAAAAGAAGAACCACCUGGAGCCGCCGAUAUGGGCGUCGAAGAUCCGCUUCAUACCCUACAGUUCCCAUCGACGUACAGUCUGCAUGAGGGUCGAGCUCUAUGGGUGCUAUUGGAGCGUGGGUAUCGUGUCAUACUCGAUACCGAAAGGUGACAAACGCAGCAACGGUAUCGAACUAACCGACAUGAUAUACGAUGGGCAGUGGGGUGAUGAACUUCGCGGCGGUCUGGGGCAGUUGCUCGAUGGGCAGUUUGGAGGAGAUGAGAUAAGGGAAGCGGCUAAGAGUUCAGCCUGGGUGGGUUGGAGAAACGACUCGAGGCCGAAUCCGCCCGUCCUUAUCUUCGAGUUUGAUAAAGUGAGAGAAUUCAGCGCCGUUCACCUCUACUGCAAUAACAAGUUCAUGAGAGAUGUCCAGGUAUUCUCCGAAGCGAUAAUAACAUUCUCAAUAGGAGGUCGACAUUUCCAAGACGAACCCAUCCGCUACACAACAGUCGAAGACAAUAUAUUCGAAACAUCUAGAAACGUUAGCAUCAAACUACACCAUCGUAUAGGGAAGUGGGUUCGGAUAGAGCUGCGCUUCUCAGCGAGGUGGAUCCUCAUUAGUGAGGUGCUGUUUGACUCUGAUGUCGCUCAAGGCAACUACACGCCAGAGAUCCUCAAGCCCACAACUAAGGACAAAACAAAAAUACCCCCCACGAAAGACUUACCAAUAUCAACCGCCCGUCAAGAAGACCCGUUAUACAUGGCUAUAGUAGUCGGAGUACUAACUGCUCUAGUAAUACUGUUAGCAGUCGCAGUAUUCCUGAUCAUACAUAGACAUAGGCACAGGAAAUGCUUUGCAUCGCCCUUAGCUAAAACGGCUAUAGCACAAAAGAGGACGGUCGAGAAUUACAAUCCGUGUGGCACUUCCAUGUUACCUGAGAACAAGAUGAUAAUAGAAUGUCCGGACGUCAAAUCGGAUGAGUAUCAGGAACCGUACCAAGCUUUAAAAUGCGCUCCGUAUUUCAAUUAUAGCACCGUCUUGUUGGAAAUGAAGGACUUCGUAAAGGAUUCGAAUACCGCUUUGUCUGAUAGUUCAAAUUACGACUACGCAGUCCCUGAACUCAGCUCAGCUCCACUUCUUACCAAGCGGAGGUUAGACAGCCUCUCAGAUCGAGCCACUGAGCUGGUCAGCGACCACAUGGAGACCCUGGAACUGGAGACGAGGAGGUCAGCUGGGUCCAUCAGAUCGAAACAUAGCACCAGGUCUCCCAGCCAGCAAGAAGUCCUGAUCGAUCUGAAGCGUCGUCUGGAAAAUACGAAUGUUAUCGAGUUCCCUCGACAUCGCCUUCGCAUGAUAUCGAAACUAGCUGAAGGUGCAUUUGGCACUGUAUACGUAGCUGAAGCAGAUGGCGUACCAGAAUACAACGGUACCAUAACGUCGGAAAAACGCCUAGUGGCUGUCAAGUUUCUCUGCCACGACGCAUCGGCCAAGGAGAGGUAUAUCAUGGAGGAUUUCGAAAGGGAUGUUCGCAUACUCGCCGCCCUAUCUUCUCCCCACCUAGCAAGAGUUUUAGGGGCGUGUCGCUCCCCACCCCUGGCUGUCGUGUUGGAGUAUUUGGAACUAGGUGACCUGUGUGCGUUUCUACGCUCAUCGCCGGCGGGUAGUGUGAGCUCGGGUACUCUACUUCAUAUAGCGACUCAGGUAGCCGCAGGGAUGCACUACCUGGAAUCACUCAACUUUGUACAUCGGGACCUCGCGACCAGGAAUAUUCUAAUCGGGAAAGGUUAUCAAAUAAAGAUAAGCGAUUUCGGAACAGACAAUGAGGCCUAUGCUUGUGAUUACUACAAAGUCGAUGGUAGGAUUCCUUUGCCCUUGCGGUGGGCGGCGUGGGAAUCAGUACUUAGAGGAAAGUACACCACUAAAACUGACGUUUGGGCCUUCGCCGUGACCCUUCACGAGAUAUUCACCAUGUGUAGACGACGACCUUACGAACACCUUAAUGACGCUGAGGUACUUGAGAAUCUUUCUCAUCACCAAGCUGACGACGGCCUCUUCGAAUGCAUAGACCGCUGCCCGGGUCUGCCUCGAGACAUAUACGAAUUAAUGUGCGAAUGUUGGAGACGAGACGAAAUCGAGAGGCCGACCUUUGCUGAAAUCAACCUCUUUUUACAAAGAAAAAGCCUCGGGUACCCUUCGUGA